AUGAGCCGGCGACUCAUAGGCGGUGGCUUGGUUAAGGGAAAUCACCGGAGCCGUAGCGAAAGCGAGUCGGCCGGUGAGACGAUGGGUGAUAAGCUUCAUCGUCGAGAGGGAAACAGCCCGGAUCACCAGCUAAGUCCGCUAAAUGACCGCUCAGUGAUAAAGGAGGUAGGGGUGCAGAGACAACCAGGAGGGGAGCGUUCCGCCUUAGAGGGAAGGACCCGCGCGAGCAGUGCUGGACGAAGCGGAAGCGAGAAUGUCGGCUUGAGUAACGCAAACGUUGGUGAGAAUCCAAUGCCUCGAAAACCCAAGGGUUCCUCCGCAAGGUUCGUCCACGGAGGGUGA